UGCCCCUCCCACGGCGGUUGGCCAUAUAGACGCUGGGGGUGGGGGGGAGGUCAAGCGUAGCCUCUUCUCCUUUACCAAGAUGGCGGCUUGUCCCUGUUUCGCCACAGUUCCCAGCUUGUGAGCCUGAUCUCCUUACGCUGCAAAAGCUGGCAGGCUGACAGAGGUGGCCUCAGGACGGACUUUCUGGCUACUGACCGUUUUGCUGUGCCUCACCAGGACUGUGUGUGGGCACCCCAUCAACCAUGAGCUCGGUUGCAGUUUUGACCCAAGAGAGCUUUGCUGAACACCGAAGUGGGCUGGUUCCGCAACAGAUCAAAGUUGCCACUUUAAAUUCAGAAGAAGAGAGUGACCCUCCAACCUACAAGGAUGCCUUCCCCCCACUCCCUGAGAAAGCAGCUUGCUUGGAAAGCGCCCAGGAACCUGCAGGCGCCUGGGGUAACAAGAUCCGGCCCAUCAAGGCUUCUGUCAUCACUCAGGUGUUCCAUGUACCCCUGGAGGAGAGAAAAUACAAGGACAUGAACCAGUUUGGAGAAGGUGAACAAGCAAAAAUCUGCCUUGAGAUCAUGCAGAGGACAGGAGCUCACCUGGAGCUGUCUCUCGCCAAAGACCAGGGCCUCUCCAUUAUGGUCUCUGGGAAGCUGGACGCCGUCAUGAAAGCCCGGAAGGAUAUUGUUGCUAGGCUGCAGACCCAGGCCUCAGCAACUGUUGCCAUUCCCAAAGAACAUCAUCGCUUUGUUAUUGGUAAAAAUGGAGAGAAACUACAAGACUUGGAGCUAAAAACGGCAACCAAAAUUCAAAUCCCACGCCCAGAUGACGCAAGUAACCAGAUCAGAAUCACUGGCACCAAAGAGGGCAUCGAGAAAGCUCGCCACGAAGUCCUGCUCAUCUCUGCCGAGCAGGAUAAACGUGCUGUAGAGAGGCUAGAAGUGGAGAAGGCAUUCCAUCCCUUCAUCGCUGGGCCUUAUAAUCGACUCGUCAGUGAGAUCAUGCAAGAAACAGGGACGCGCAUCAACAUCCCCCCACCCAGCGUCAACCGGACAGAGAUCGUCUUCACUGGGGAGAAGGAGCAGCUGGCUCAGGCUGUGGCUCGGAUCAAGAAGAUUUAUGAAGAAAAGAAAAAGAAGACCACAACCAUCGCAGUGGAAGUGAAGAAAUCCCAGCACAAGUAUGUCAUUGGGCCCAAGGGCAAUUCCUUGCAGGAGAUUCUCGAAAGAACUGGAGUUUCUGUGGAGAUCCCACCGUCCGACAGCAUCUCUGAGACUGUGAUACUUCGAGGGGAGCCUGAAAAGCUAGGGCAGGCACUGACUGAGGUCUAUGCCAAGGCUAACAGUUUUACAGUCUCCUCCGUCUCUGCUCCUUCAUGGCUUCACCGUUUCAUCAUUGGCAAGAAGGGGCAGAACUUGGCCAAGAUCACUCAGCAGAUGCCAAAGGUUCACAUCGAGUUUACAGAAGGCGAGGACAAGAUCACCCUGGAAGGCCCCACGGAGGAUGUCAAUGUGGCCCAGGAACAGAUCGAAGCUAUGGUGAAAGACUUGAUUCACCGCAUGGACUAUGUGGAGAUCAGCAUUGACCACAAGUUUCACAGACACCUCAUCGGGAAGAGCGGAGCCAACAUCAACAGAAUCAAAGAUCAGUACAAGGUGUCUGUACGCAUCCCUCCCGACAGCGAGAAGAGCAACCUGAUCCGCAUCGAGGGGGACCCGCAGGGUGUGCAGCAGGCCAAGCGGGAGCUGCUGGAGCUUGCCUCCCGCAUGGAAAACGAGCGUACCAAGGAUCUAAUCAUUGAGCAGAGAUUUCAUCGCACAAUCAUUGGGCAGAAGGGUGAACGGAUUCGUGAAAUUCGGGACAAAUUCCCAGAGGUUAUCAUCAACUUUCCAGACCCAGCACAAAAAAGUGAUAUUGUCCAACUUAGAGGGCCCAAGAAUGAAGUGGAAAAGUGUACAAAAUACAUGCAGAAGAUGGUUGCUGAUUUGGUGGAAAAUAGUUAUUCGAUCUCUGUUCCGAUCUUCAAGCAGUUUCACAAGAACAUCAUUGGGAAAGGAGGCGCAAACAUUAAAAAGAUUCGUGAAGAAAGCAAUACCAAGAUCGACCUUCCAGCAGAAAAUAGCAACUCGGAGACCAUCAUCAUCACAGGCAAGCGGGCCAACUGCGAGGCUGCCCGGAGCCGCAUCCUGUCCAUCCAGAAAGACCUGGCCAACAUAGCCGAGGUGGAGGUCUCCAUCCCUGCCAAGCUGCAUAACUCCCUCAUUGGCACGAAGGGUCGCCUGAUCCGCUCCAUCAUGGAGGAGUGCGGCGGGGUCCACAUUCACUUCCCUGUGGAAGGCUCGGGAAGCGACACAGUUGUCAUCAGGGGCCCUUCCUCGGAUGUGGAGAAGGCCAAGAAACAGCUGCUGCACCUGGCAGAGGAGAAGCAAACCAAGAGUUUCACUGUUGACAUCCGAGCCAAGCCGGAGUACCACAAGUUCCUCAUUGGCAAAGGGGGUGGCAAGAUCCGCAAGGUACGUGACACCACCGGAGCCCGCAUCAUAUUCCCGACUGCAGAGGACAAGGACCAGGACCUGAUCACCAUCAUCGGAAAAGAGGAUGCUGUCAAGGAGGCCCAAAAGGAGCUGGAGGCCUUGAUUCAGAACCUGGAUAAUGUGGUAGAAGACUACAUGCUGGUGGACCCCAAGCACCACCGUCAUUUUGUUAUUCGAAGAGGCCAAGUCUUGCGGGAAAUCGCCGAGGAGUACGGUGGGGUGAUGGUUAGCUUCCCGCGGUCUGGCACACAGAGUGACAAAGUGACUCUCAAGGGUGCCAAGGAAUGUGUGGAGGCAGCCAGAAAGCGCAUCCAGGAGAUCAUCGAAGACCUGGAAGCCCAGGUGACCAUAGAGUGUGCCAUACCCCAGAAAUUCCAUCGCUCUGUCAUGGGCCCCAAAGGUUCCAGAAUCCAGCAGAUCACUCGGGACUAUAAUGUUCAAAUUAAAUUCCCAGACAAAGAGGAGAACCCAGUUCAUAGUGCAGAGCCAGCUGUCCAGGAGAAUGGUGACGAUGCUGGGGAGGGCAGAGAGGCUGACCCUGGCUCUCCAAGGAGGUGUGAUAUCAUCAUCAUCUCUGGCCGCAAGGAAAAGUGUGAAGCUGCCAAGGAAGCCCUUGAGGCUCUGGUUCCUGUCACCAUUGAAGUGGAAGUGCCCUUUGACCUUCACCGGUACGUCAUCGGACAGAAGGGAAGUGGGAUCCGCAAGAUGAUGGAUGAGUUUGAGGUGAAUAUACACGUCCCGGCACCUGAGCUGCAGUCUGAUGUCAUCGCCAUCACAGGCCUCGCUGCAAAUCUGGACCGGGCCAAGGCUGGGCUCCUGGAACGUGUGCGGGAGCUGCAGGCAGAGCAGGAGGACCGGGCUUUAAGGAGUUUUAAGCUAAGCGUCACUGUCGACCCUAAGUACCAUCCCAAAAUCAUUGGGAGAAAGGGGGCAGUGAUUACCCAAAUCCGCUUGGAGCAUGACGUGAACAUCCAAUUUCCUGAUAAGGAUGAUGGGAACCAGCCGCAGGACCAAAUCACCAUCACAGGGUACGAAAAGAACACAGAAGCUGCCCGGGAUGCCAUACUGAAAAUUGUGGGUGAACUUGAACAGAUGGUUUCUGAGGACGUCCCAUUAGACCACCGUGUCCACGCCCGCAUCAUUGGUGCCCGUGGCAAAGCCAUUCGCAAAAUCAUGGAUGAAUUCAAGGUGGACAUUCGCUUCCCGCAGAGCGGGGCCCCGGACCCCAACUGCGUCACCGUGACGGGGCUCCCAGAGAACGUGGAGGAGGCCAUCGACCACAUCCUCAACUUGGAGGAAGAAUAUCUGGCCGACGUGGUGGACAGCGAGGUCCUGCAGGUGUACAUGAAGCCCCCAGCCCACGAGGAGUCCAAGGCACCUUCCAAGGGCUUUGUGGUUCGGGACGCUCCCUGGACCGCCAACAGCAGUGAGAAGGCUCCAGAUAUGAGCAGCUCUGAAGAAUUUCCCAGCUUUGGGGCUCAGGUGGCCCCCAAGACCCUCCCUUGGGGCCCCAAACGAUAAUGAUCAGAAAACAAACCUCUCCAGCCUGCUGACCCAAACCCCACCACGCAAUGGUUUGUUUCAAUCUGACUCAGCAGCUGGACCCUCCAUAAAUUCUUGACGCUCCCCCCUCCCCGAGGUCUCACAGUGAAGCCGGGCGCCUGGCGCUGUGUGCAGCUGGUCCUCAGGCCUGGCCAGCGCCCGGCACGUGCUCAGGAUCUGCCCUUGACACCGGCUGUGGGCCGGCUUUCCACGGUUCAAACACUAAUAGAGGCAAUUGGACAUUUCACGACAAGCUUCCCGGUCCACCGGCAUGUCAAUAAGGCCCUGGCCCCACUAAGAGUGCUGCACAGCUGGGGCUGAGCCCACUUCCUGUGUCGUGACCUCAGGAAAUAAAUUUCCUUGACUUUAGAAAAGCCAAACGUUUGCCCUCUUCCUUUCCCAGCUCUCUCUCUCCCUCUGCCUGUAGUCCAGCCCUCUGUAGACUGCAGUCCGCCUCCUUCCCACUGCCAAAGCCCGCACAUCCCAGUCCACAGGGCGGGAGGAAGGCCCAUUGUGCACACUGGAGCACCUGGGCCCAGAGGGGGGACCAGGUUCCAAGUGUGUGCCCCUGCACCACAGGCACCGGAGGCCCCGCAUCUGGUGGGCAAGGCCUGUAAGUGAGGCUGCAUCUACCACCUGGGUUUGGUGUGAGCUUAGACCCACAGGGAUGGGGAGAGAGGUGGCCCGCAGAGGAGACUCACUGCCCCUCCCGGCUGACCUGUCACAUCGACUUCAGCUUUCCUGCCCCUCCCCAAAUGCCGAGUCCAGUCUCCUUUCUACCUCAGAGCCAGUGUGGUGGUGAUCUCAUGGUGAGGGUGGUGCCGCCCCAGGUGCUCAGCCUCCUGAUUGGUCACGAGUGCCUGAGUCCACUGACUGUCACAGCUCUGGGUCGCACCCUCACUUGCAAGUGGCCAGUGGGAAAGUCCAGAGUGGAGAGUGCGUACACCAUCCUACAGGCUGCCCUCGGACACAUGGAUGCCGUGUGCUGACCCUGGGAGCUGGCCUUCAGAGGCAGCUUCCUGGUCCUGGGGUAGAGAGAGGCUGUCACUCAACCUGGGCUGGAGGACCAGGUCCUGCUAAGGGAGUCUGCUUUUCUCAGGGUGGUGGGGCAGGGUGCCCUGCCCCAGCCAGCAUGGUGAUGUGCUCUGGAGAGGAAAGGUGGCCAAGGCGGUGUUGUGAGAGCCACAGGCCCUUGGUUUCCAGGUUGUCUGGUCUCCCAUCCCCACCUCUACCCCUGUAGAGGUGACUGAGCCCCUCUCAAGUUUUCUAUCCAAAUAAUGGAGUUCCUAGAAAAGCCAACUAGUACCCCUUGCCCAGCCCUUCCCUGGGGAAGGUCACUUCUUCCCUGACCACCCCCUCCAUGGAGUUUUCUAUUCGGUUAUUGCUCAGCUUGGCAGUCUUUAGACUGAAAUUUCUGAAUAGACCAGAAUUGCUGAACACAAGUCUGGUAUCAAUUGUCUCUGAGUUCCCAUUAGCUCAAGCAGCCUCAAAUGUGCCCAUAUGUAGAAGUGAUGAAUUGGGGUAGGAAAACAUUUGCUCCAGCUGAGUAGGUUGGGUGACCCCAAAUUAGGUGGAGUCAAUUGGAAAAGGAAGUGAGAAGGGAAGUUGCUGUUUUGCCUUUCUCCAGGACCAUCCCCUACCUCCCUGGUCCCUGGAGUUCCUUUUAUCUGCAUGAGUUUUGGAGCCUUUCCUAUUGGCCAGUGUACUGCCCUCCCCUCCGACCCCUCCCUGCCCUCUGGCAUCUGCCCGAACCUCAUGUUUCUGUGAUAUCUAACCCCCUCCCCGCAAAGGUGGAUUUUUAAUUGCCCCAACAGGUGUUUGCACAUCUGCACUUAUUCCUAAAUGUAGGUGCAGCCCCCUCUCCUACACUGUGCGGGUUCUCACUGUGUGGCUGUUAGUCAGGCUCAUGAGGUGACUGUGCCUGGGGCUCUCCUGCUGCCUCUGGUGCUGCUGCAGGAGCCCUGGGCAAGGGUGGGGCAUGAGUGUCCAUUUCCUCUUGUUGACUGUCUUCCAUAUCAUAUGUGUCCACAGUUAAAAUCCAUCCCUUGGCCUUAACUUUGGAGUUUGGAGAUUAUAUGCAAACAUGUGUAAAGGCUCAUGAAUAUGGAUGACACUGGAAUUUUAUAAAUUCUAAAAUAAAACCCAAAACCAGA